UUUUCGGUCCGUUGCAACCGCGACUGCAUGAGAUAAUUAGUUUUAUUAAGUUACUUGACAAAUGUUAUUAUUUCUCUUUAAAAUACUUUAAAAAGCAGUAAAUAUAUUUUGCUGCCAAUGUAUCGGUUGUUACUAUUUACUAUUGUGACAAGUAAUUUAAGAGCAGAGUUCAGCACUGUUGUAGCCACUGCAGCGAUGAAAGCUACUGAUUUCGAAGUUUACGGCCGGGUACAAGGAGUUUUUUUUAGAAAGUAUACAAAGCAACAGGCUGACAAACUCGGUCUACGGGGCUGGUGCAAAAACACGGACGAAGGUACCGUCCUUGGACACGUACAAGGGCCUACCGAUAAAGUUGAAUCAAUGAUGCAAUGGUUAAAGACUACUGGAAGUCCAAGCAGUCAAAUCGACAAAGCAGAAUUUAGGAACCAUAAAGAUAUUUCUGAAUAUACAUUUACCGACUUCAGUAUUCGCAGAGACUCACAUUGAUGGUAGCUCAAAAACAUUACUGUAUUACCUCGUG